AAGGGCCAGAUUUGGUAUCAAGAUGUUUAUGUUAUGUGAAUCUCAUAGUGGAUAUGUGUGGUCUAUUAUAAUUUAUGUCGGUAAAGGCACAGAUAUAUCUGAAGAAAAUAAAGAAUGUUCGUUUUCUACUCAGGUAGUUUUGACAUUGUCUAAGCCGCUAUUAAACAAAGGAUACUGCCUUACUAUGGAUAAUUACUACAACUCUCCCGAGUUAGGGGAAAUGUUAUUGAAAUCUAAAACUGAUUUUUUUGGAACAUUAAGACCUAACAGAAAAGAUCUACCAAAGGAACUGAAAACAAAAAAGCUUAAAAAGGGAGACUUAUUUGCCUAUCAAAGAGGUAAGAUGAUGAUCAUGCGAUGGAGAGAUAAAAAAUAUGUUCAUUUUAUAAGCUCAAUUCAUAAUUCUGAAAUCGUAAAAGUCCAAAAUAAAUUGAAAAAUGUGGAAAUAGAGAAGCCUAAGAUUGCUUUAGAUUAUAAUAAUACGAUGGGCGGUGUAGAUCGCAUGGAUCAACAAAUUGGAUACUAUGAUGUAACCCAAUCUCGACAAAGGAAAUAUUACAAGAAAAUAUUUUGUUAUUUAUUGGACAUAACAAUUUUUAAUGCUUUUCAGCUGUGGAAAAAAAAAGGGGGAAUAAAAAAUCAAAUUUGGAAUUCAGAAUUGAACUAGCUGAAAGAAUUGUUGAGAAAUAUC